GGGGAUGGCAGCGGCAUCGGCUCCGGCUCCGGCUGCAGGGCGGGAGCGGAGUGGGGAGCUGGGCCCUGGGGCGGAGCCGCGGAAGCCUGGGGAGCCCGGGGGGCCGGGCCGACGAGCUCUGUACUUCUGCGGGAGCAUCCGAGGCGGGAGGCAGGACCGGGCCCUGUACGGGCGCAUCGUGUCAAGACUGCGGCGCUUCGGGGCGGUGCUCACCGAGCACGUGGCGGCCGCGGAGCUGGGAGCUCGCGGGGAAGAGGCAGCAGGGGGUGACAGACUUAUUCAUGAGCGAGACCUGGCUUGGUUGCAGCAAGCAGAUGUGGUGGUGGCUGAAGUGACCCAGCCUUCCUUGGGUGUUGGCUAUGAGCUGGGCCGGGCUGUGGCCCUCAACAAGAGAAUUCUGUGCCUGUUUCGCCCUCAGUCUGGCCGAGUGCUCUCAGCCAUGAUCCGUGGUGCAGCCGAUGGGACACGAUUCCAGGUGUGGGACUAUGAAGAGAACGAAGUGGAGACACUGCUGGACCGGUACUUUGAGACUGAUCCUCCUGAGCCUGGAGCUGCCUCCCCCUCUCCAACUCUGCUUCUUAAUCUAACCUUGAUAUCUAAAUUUCUACUCCAAAACCUGCUUGAUUCCACUUCUUCCAUAUGCCUUUCUUGGCCCCUAUCCCCAAUCCUGAAUUAAAAGGUGUGUUCAAGUUGUA